UUUUGUUUUAUUUUUUUAAUGUUUUUUUUCAUUAAGCACAUGCGGUGUGUAUCACUACCUGGUUCCCGUUGCGGUCUCGAUCUGCGUGCGCUUGCGUAUUGAAAGGCUACGCCAUCACACACUUUACGGUGCUGCCCAAUCUGUUUAACGCAUGCGUGAACACUUUACGGCAUGUUAGGCUUUCAAUACGUCUGCGCUUGCAAGGCACGCAGAUCGGGUAAUGACAAGGUAGCUGUACCAUCAGCAAGAUUAAGUAUAGGACCGAAAAAGAAUAAAAAAAACUAGUGCCACUGCACAAUUUUGCGUCUAAUUUCUUUUUACGACAACCGUGAGUUAUUUUUUAUUGAAUUCGAUGUGACGCGUAUUUCAUCCUAGCAGCACUGGUGAGCCUCCAGCAAACUUUGGAUAUUUGAAUCGGUCGAGUAUUCCAUAAACGGGGAGUUCGUGACUUUUGACAUGGAGCGCAGACUUUCCUGCAGCAUCUUACAAGAGCACUUCGCUUCUUUAAAAGCGUCACUGGAUGCUGCAUUAUUAACCUUCACGAAUUCUGUAGACAGCAGAUUUGCAGACAUUCUGUUGGAAAUGUCCGGAAAGGACAUGGAAAUCGCAAGUCUGAAGCUUCAGUUGCACGUGUCCAGGAGUGAAGUGAAGUCCAUGCGGAAAAACCGGCGCACCGCUGACUUUAACUUCGCGAGGUCCGUAACAGGCGGACAAACAGCAGGCGGUAAGGCGACGAAUUCAAUGCACGGCUUGGUUCGGCCCGUAGAGUCAGACGACAUCCAAUGCGGACUACCAGCUACAGCCGGCUGUCCCUCACUUCCUAAAAGCUACCGGGAUUUACCGCAGUCGAUGCCUGGAUGGAGUGCUUCUGUGACCAACUGUGGCACGGCAAUUGUGGUUAUAGAGAAAUCUAUGCUUCCAGAAAUUGUGCCAGUGGAAGUUCAGAAUUGUAACCAGGACUUAGAUGCAACUCUCCAGAAACCUCCAAACCUUUCUCCUUCUUCUGAAGAUAUUUCUAAACAGAUAUUCAGCGAUAGUGAAGGAGAGGACGUGAAAGUGAACGAUUCUCGUUUCUUAAGGACCAGCAGUGAACCGAUUGUAUAUCACGUUAAGGAAGAGAUCCAGGUUUGUGGAUCUGUCCCAGUUAAAGAGGAGCAGCAAUCUGAGAUGGAGAACCAUCUGCAUGUUCAAACAGAAACACCUUCUGUAGAGUCUCCUGACCAGAGUCACUUGGCUAUUGACAGACCUGGUGAAAUUGAGAUGGAGGGCAGUAAUUUCACAGUCCAGGAGGAGUGCAGUCAAGAAGAGAUGCACAUGUAUGAGGAGGACUGUAUUCCACAUUGUGACAGUCAUCACAACCUGGGCACUGGAUCUAGUGAGAGUUUCACACAGAACACCCAUUUGCCAGAACAGCAGAUACUCCAUGCAGGAGGAAAGCGUUUUAUUUGUUCAGAAUGUGGGAGGGCCUUCGGUUAUUUAAUACAUUUAAGGUCACAUCAAAGGACACACACGGGGGUGAAAGCGUACAACUGCACGCAAUGUGGAAAGACCUUCAGGCGUUUAGCGUAUUUUAAAAAUCAUGAAAGAACUCACACUGGGGAGAAACCAUAUAGGUGUGUUCAGUGCGGAAAGUCUUUCAAACAGUCAUCCCACCUUAAAAGUCACCAGAGGAUUCACACUGGAGAGAAACCUUACUGCUGCCCUGAGUGCGGCAAGACUUUCAGUCGAUCGGGUGCCCUCAAAACACACAGAAAGAUUCACACCGGCGAGAGGCCCUACCCGUGCAUUGUGUGUGGGAAGAGCUUCAACCAGUCAGCCCACCUCAAAUCCCAUCUGAGAAUUCAUGGGCGAGGAAAACACAUCAUUGACGUGCACAGUGGUCUUUAUUACUGCAAAAUUGGUGACAAAACGAGGGCCGUGCAGUUCAUCCAGAGAAGAUUUGCAGACAUUCUGUUGGAAAUGUCCGGAAAGGAAAUGGAAAUCGAAAGUCUGAAGCUUCAGCUGCACGUGUCCAGGAGUGAAGUGAAGUCCAUGCUGAAAAACCAGCGCUCCGCUGACUUUAACUUCGCGAGGUCCGUAACAGGCGGACAAACAGCGGGCGGUAAGGCGACGAAUUCACGGCACGGCUUGAUUCGGCCCGUAGAGUCAGACGACAUCCAAUGCGGACUACCAGCUACCGCCGUCAGUCCCUCACUUCCUAAAAACUACCGGGAUUUACCGCAGUCGAUGCCUGGAUGGAGUGCUUCUGUGACCAACUGUGGCACGGCAAUUGUGGUUAUAGAGAAAUCUGUGCUUCCAGAAAUUGGGCCAGUGGAAGUUCAGAAUUGUAACCAGGACUUAGAUGCAACUCUCCAGAAACCUCCAAACCUUUCUCCUUCUUCUGAAGAUAUUUCUAAACAGAUAUUCAGCAAUACUGAAGGAGAGGACGUGAAAGUGAACGAUUCUCGUUUCUUAAGGACCAGCAGUGAACCGAUCGUAUAUCACGUUAAGGAAGAGAUCCAGGUUUGUGGAUCUGUCCCAGUUAAAGAGGAGCAGCAAUCUGAGAUGGAGAACCAUCUGCAUGUUAAAACAGAAACGCCUUCUGUAGAGUCUCCUGACCAGAGUCACUUGGCUAUUGACAAACCUGGUGAAAUUGAGAUGGAGGGCAGUAAUUUCACAGUCCAGGAGGAGUGCAGUCAGGAAGAGAUGCACAUGUAUGAGGAGGACUGUAUUCCACAUUGUGACAGUCAUCACAACCUGGGCACUGGAUCUAGUGAGAGUUUCACACAGAACACCCAUUUGCCAGAACAGCAGAUACUCCAUGCAGGAGGAAAGCGUUUUAUUUGUUCAGAAUGUGGGAGGGCCUUCGGUUAUUUAAUACAUUUAAGGUCACAUCAAAGGACACACACGGGGGUGAAAGCGUACAACUGCACGCAAUGUGGAAUGACCUUCAGGCGUUUAGCGUAUUUUAAAAAGCAUGAAAGAACUCACACUGGGGAGAAACCAUAUAGUUGUGUUCAGUGCGGAAAGUCUUUCAAACAGUCAUCCCACCUUAAAAGUCACCAGAGGAUUCACACUGGAGAGAAACCUUACUGCUGCCCUGAGUGCGGCAAGACUUUCAGUCGAUCGGGUGACCUCCAAAAACACAGACAGAUUCACACCGGCGAGAGGCCCUACCCGUGCACUGUGUGUGGGAAGAGCUUCAACCAGUCAACCCACCUCAAAUCCCAUCUGAGAAUUCAUGGGAGAGGAAAACACAUCGUUGACGUGCACAGUGGUCUUUAUUACUGCAAAAUUGGUGACAAAAAAACUGGGGUUCACGGCUUUGACAUGGAGCGCAGGCUCUCUUGCAGCGUUUUUCAGGAGCACUUUGCCUCUUUAAAGGCGGCUCUGGAUACCGUACUACUAAACUUCACGAAUUCUGUGGACAGCCGGUUUGCAGACUUUCUAUUGGAAAUGUCAGAAAAAGAAAAGGAAAUCGAAAGUCUGAAGCUUCAGCUGCACCUGUCCAGAAGUGAAGUGAGGUCCAUGCGGAAAUACCUGCGCACCGCCGACGUUAACUUCACGAGGUCCACGACAGGCGGGCAAACAGCGAGCGGUAAGGCGCAGCAAUUCAGCGCGGUCCAGAAGGAGAAGACGGCGAGUACACGGCCCGACUCGAGAGCGGUUCGAGUGCCCGGGGCGGACUGUGGCCAACGGGGCUCAGCGGUUACUUCUAGCUGUCGAUCACUUAUCGCUGAUGUGUCAUCUCCUCGAAUAACGGCACCGGUCCAGACCGAGCACACGGAGCUGAAACAAGCAACCAGAGCGUACCGACAUUUACCGCAGGCGGUGCACAGCUGGAGAUGCCGGGAGAGCGCGGGCAUGAGCGACUGUGCCACGGCAGGGUUCGAUAUAAAGAAAGCUACACUGCCAGUCGCCAGAGAAAUUAUGACUAUGGAAAAGCAGCCUUUUAACAAGGACCUUCAUGCGACACUCCAGAACCUACCAAAUCCGUCCUCUUGUGAAGGCCUCCCUGAGCAGAGCUUCGGCCACAAUGUAGAGAAGGAGUUGAAAGCAAGCGAUUCUCACUUCCUGGGGGCCUGCAGUGAGCAGAGCUCAUAUAAUUUUAAAGAAGAAAACCAGGUUUGUGGAUCUGCUCAGGUUAAAGAGGAGCUCUCUGAGAUGGAGGAGUAUAUGCACGUUCAGCUGGAUGCACCUUCUGUAGAGUCUGCUGCCCAGAGUCACUUGGCUAUUGACGGUCCUGAAGAAGUUCGAAUGGAGAGCAGUAAUUUCACAGUGCAGGAGCAGCACAGUCAAGUAGAGGUGCAUAUGUAUAAGGAGCAAGUGGACGAGAACUAUAUCCCACGUUGGGUAAUUCAUCAUCAACACAACCGGCACACUGAGUCUGCCAAACAUUUCGCACAAAACACCAGUCUGCAGGAACACUUGACGCAGCACUCGGGAGAGAAGCGCUUCAGUUGUACCCAGUGUGGGAAGAGCUUCAAUUAUUUAAUAAACCUGAAGUCUCACCAGAGGAUUCACACCGGAGAGAAGCCAUACAGUUGUGCGCAAUGUGGAAAGGCCUUCAGUCAUUUAACUAACCUUAAAAUCCAUGAGCGGAUUCACACCGGAGAGAAGCCAUACAGGUGCGCUCAGUGUGGAAAGUCCUUCAACCAGUCAACCCACCUUAAAAUCCACCAGAGGAUUCACACUGGGGAAAAACCUUACAGCUGUCCUGAAUGCGGCAAGACUUUCAAUCAGUCGGGACCCCUCAAAAUACACAGAAGUAUUCACACGGGGAAAAAGCCGUACCCGUGUUCUGUGUGCGGGAAGAGCUUCAACCAGUCAGCCCUCCUCAAAUCUCAUCUGAAAAUCCAUGAAAGAGCAAAACCACAAUCACCGACUGAUUCCCUUCGGAGCCCCUCAAAUCCAUCGUCAGCGUUUAAGACAGAGAACACGCCAGUAAACUGCGCGACUAUCGUCCUUGGCAUGGAGUCCAGGUUCUCCUGCAGCCUUUUUGAAGAGCAUUUUGCAUCUUUAAAAGCGGCACUGGACUCCGCAUUAUUAAACUUCACACAUUCCGUGGACAACAGAUUUGCAGGCUUUUUGUUAGAAAUGUCCGAAAAGGAGAAGGAAAUUGAAAGUCUGAAGCUUCAGUUGCACCUGUCCAGGAGUGAAGUGAGGUCUAUGCGGAAAUAUUUGCGUACUUCGGACUGUAAUGUGUCAAGUUUAAGUGCGACUGGGAAGACACAGGCUCGGCCACAAGGAUCACGCGCUGUCCGUGAUGGCGGACCGGCUGCCACCAGCGAAACUUCCCACUCCCCGCGCUGCCGUCUAGUUGGCGCUGCUGAAGAGACGGCACACGCCGAGCAAACGCGAUCGAAAGGCGUACCCAGAGGUCAUAAGGAUAUACCGCAGACAGUGCGGGAGUGGAGCCAAGAAGACACCGCGUGCGUGAGCGACAGUGGCAGCAGCGGGCUGGAACUGAAAGAUGAUAGUCCUCCAAAUGAUAAACAAAAAGAGCAACGAGAGGAAGAGCAACCUUUUCACCGGAAUUUACAUGGAACUUUCCAGAACACUUCAAAUACCUUCUCUUGUGAAGUGGACUCUGAACAAAGCUUCAAGCACAGUGAAACGGACAGUUCUCACGUUUCAGGGACUUACAGGAAGCAGAGCUUGUAUCCUGUUAAGGAAGAGGUCCAGGUUUUCGGAUCUCCCCCCGUUAAAGAGGAGCUCUCUGAGACUGAGAACUAUUUUCGCGUACUAGUGGGAGCACCUAAUGUAGAGCGUGCUUCAUUUAGUAACAGUUCUGAAGAGGUUCAAAUGGAGAGCAGUAAUUUCACAGUCCAGGAGCAGUCAGAGGAUAGUUAUAUACCACAAUGGGUUAUUCAUCAUCAACAUAACCAAAGCACUGAUUCCGGUAAGAGUUUCACACACCACAUCAGUUUGAUGGAACAUCACACGGGAGAGAAGCGCUUCAGUUGUUCCCAAUGCGGGAAGACCUUCAAUUAUUUAAUAAACUUGAAGUCACAUCAACGGAUACACACAGGAGAGAAACCAUACUGUUGCAUGCAGUGCGGAAAAGCCUUCAGUCAGUUAACUAACCUUAAAAUUCAUGAGAGGAUUCACACUGGGGAGAAGCCAUAUGAGUGCACAGAGUGUGGAAAAACCUUCAACCAGUCAUCCCACCUUAAAAUCCACCAAAGGAUUCACACUGGAGAAAAGCCUUACUGCUGUGCUGAAUGUGGAAAGACUUUUAAUCAGUCAGGACCCCUUAGAAUACACCAAAGGAUUCACACUGGGGAGAAGCCUUACCAGUGUUAUGUGUGUGGAAAGAGCUUCAACCGAUCUGCCCUCCUCAAAUCCCAUCUGAAAAUUCAUGCAAGGGGAAAACCACGUCCUUGAUGUGUGUGAUGGUGUUUAUGACUUGUAGGAAAUUUAUUAAUAAGCUGUGUUUUAAGGUCAUUCAUUAACCUUGGGCAGUCCUAUCAAUUCUGUUUGCAUUUUUUUCAUGUGGAAAACGGUUUCUGAAAUGCACAGAUCAAAGUUGUUAUGUGACAAGGAUAAUAUGAUUAAUUAAAAAGAACUCCUGUGUGUUAGGAAGUCCAAAUGAUUUUAUGAAUUGUCAUAUUGACAGGGUUUUAAAACAGUUAAUCAAUGAUAUAAAUUUCAGUUCAGUCAAUAAAGUGUAUGUAAGGAUGAUAAAGCAGAAAGCAGUGGAGUGAGUUUUUCACUUCACCAUUUUAUCCACUUGUUCCAUCUGCUGCCUUCCAACACACAUGAACUGCCUGGUGGCAAACAAGAAAAGCAGUGUAACUGUGGACACGACAUGCAGGUGCUGUUUUGAGAAGAUUAGAGUCAGCAUUUGGGUGGAUGUUUAACCCCUUUUACAUUCCACAGACAGAUUACAUUUCUAUAGAGGAGUCCGCAUUUGGGUGGAUGGUUAACCCCUUUUACAUUCCACAGACAGAUUGCAUUUCUAUAAGAGGAGUCAGCAUUUGGGUGGAUGUUUAACCCCUUUAACAUUCCACAGAUUACAUUUCUAUAGAGGAGUCCGCAUUUGAGUGGAUGGUUAACCCCUUUUACAUUCCACAGACAGAUUACAUUUUUAUAUAGAGGAGUCCGCAUUUGGGUGGAUGGUUAACCCCUUUAACAUUCCACAGACAGAUUAAAUUUCUAUAGAGGAGUCAGCAUUUGGGUGGAUGGUUAACCCCUUUUACAUUCCACAGACAGAUUACAUUUCUAUAGAGGAGUCAGCAUUUGGGUGGAUGUUUAACCCCUUUAACAUUCCACAGAUUACAUUUCUAUAGAGGAGUCAGCAUUUGGGUGGAUGGUUAACCCCUUUUACAUUCCACAGACAGAUUACAUUUCUAUAGAGGAGUCAGCAUUUGGGUGGAUGGUUAACCCCUUUUACAUUCCACAGACAGAUUAAAUUUCUAUAGAGGAGUCAGCAUUUGGGUGGAUGGUUAACCCCUUUUACAUUCCACAGACAGAUUACAUUUCUAUAGAGGAGUCAGCAUUUGGGUGGAUGUUUAACCCCUUUAACAUUCCACAGAUUACAUUUCUAUAGAGGAGUCAGCAUUUGGGUGGAUAUUUAACCCCUUUAACAUUCCACAGACCAUUUAAAUUUAAUUUGAUACCAUUAAAAUAUUAUUGAUUUGUCGGUAAAUUGGUAAUAUCUGUGGUGGUACUUAUGUUUUCUUCUUUAAUAGUGGAGAAAUGGAGCCCUGAAGUAUGUAAGCGUCUCACUUAAAAUAGAUCAGUGAAGAAAAAAGAUCCAUAGUAGACCGUUUUUUUUCUUCUUCUCUAAACACAUGUAACAGAAGAUUAAAAUAAUAUCACCUAAAAAUAAGAAAGAGAUGAGAAUACAAGCCCCUUUUUUGCAAUACAAUUGUGUAACCCAGGUUCUGAAAAGGAGUGUGGAGCUUACACCAAAUAAGUCUAAGCAGCAAAGAUAUUAAGAUUAUUAGAAACCUAUAUUGGCAGAAAAAAUCAACAGUCAAAGUGGAGAAUCACAAAACAAGUGAAAUACAAAAUAAGUGGUAUUUGGCAAGAAUAUGUUUUGCCACCAUAUACAGUAUAUAUAAUUGUAGGGAGUACAGAUUUUUUUCCUUUGAAAUGUAGUGAGUUGAAGUAAAACGUUUCAAACAAAUAAAAUAUUUAAAGAUACAGAUAGCCUACAUGAAAAUUCCACUUGUGAACAGUAAUUAAGUUGUUUUACUCCAUUACUUCCCGCCUCUGAUCCAUUGUAACAUCGUUAAUAAAUACUUUACCUUUA